UAGUCAAUUGUAACGCCUCAAUUCACUCUUUCGAAAAGAUGGAAAAUAAAGCUUUUGUUCUCUUUGUUCUUGGAUUUACUUUCGUUCAUUGCGUUCUUUCGAUUCCUGCUUCAAAUCCCAGAAGUCUUAGAAUAAGCAAGCAGUCAUUAGUCCAUGAUUUACUUGCCGAUACUCCCAAGGUUGUUACUCUGGCAGUGCAGGAGUUAACUCAUAAGCAUAGUGAGGAAGCUAGCUAUAAAUGGAAGACUUUUACUGGACAAACUCGUAUGGCUGAGAAAGGAUAUCAAUUUUAAAGAGGACCACGAAGAUGUUUCAAUGUUUGAAUUGGAAAGUCAAGGAACAAAAGAAACAUCCAUUUAUAUUGAUGACUAUCCACCACCCGGAGCUAGCAAGGGCCAUGAUCCACCUCCCCCACCCAUCGGCAGUCACUGAAUGUAAUACAAAUAUUUCUUUCAAUAUAUCUCAAAUAAUAUAAUAAUGGUAAUGUAAUAAAUGAUUAUUGUAAAAAACUCAUAUGAAUAGGAUGCACACUAAUUAGUGUGCACCCAAUAGAUAUUAUGUAGGCUGUUAUGACUACAACUUCUAUUAUUUUGUCUUUCUCUCUCCUCA